AUGACACGACGAACAAACAGCCGGGAGAAAGCAAGCGGGGGCAAAGGAGUACGAGUGCAGGUUCACGAACGCGAGCAGCCGGCCGGCACGGCGCGCGGCCGGGAGAGGGCGGCGGAGACUGAGAAACUGAAGAAGGAGCUGAUUGAUUUGAAACAGCAAACACAAGAAGAGAACAGGAAACUGGAAGACUAUUAUACCCAACAAAUAAAAGAACUGGAAGAGAAAUUUCAGAAAAAAGUUGGAGAAAUCAGCCAAAUUCAAGUAGAAUUGAAUUUAAUAAAGGAAUUCCACAAGGAGAAAGCAGCUAUGGAGAAAGAGCUGGAAGAUUUAAAGAAGAAUAUCAAGAUCUCAAACAGGAGACAUCAGGAAGAGGUCCUGCAACUGGAGAGGAGGUUUCUUGAAGAGAAGAAAAGACUAGAAGAAGAUGCUGAGAAGAAGCUAAUGAUGACAAGAGAGGCUGCUCGACAUGAAGCUGUUUUGCAGCUGAACAGCACUGAGAGACAGGUUUUUAAAGAGAACAUUCGUCUUCAUGGCGCUUCAUCUUAUCACCUGAAGGAGGCAACGGAGUUGCAGAAAAUGAAACAGAAGUUAGAGGAGGAUAAAAUUCUUCUGUCACAGGAAAAGGAAAUCGCUGAGAGUUUGAUGAGAAAAAAGAUCCAACAGAUCAACAAGCAGAAAGCACAGAUAGGAGAUCUGCAACAUAAAGUGGAGAAACUGGAGAUGGCCUUAUGUUACAAGACUAAAGAAUUUGAGACAAAGACUCAAAAAACACAGCAUCAGGCACUGAUAGAAAACCAGGCUAGCAUGGUCGAGAUCAAGAAACUGCAGCACCUGCUAGAAAUGAAGGAUCAGGAGAUGAACCGAGUGAAGAAACUAGCUCGGAAUAUCUUAAAUGAGAGGACUGAAGUGGAAAGGUUCUUCCUGGAUGCUCUGGACCAUGUGAAGCGGGAGAUCAUAGCCAGUAGAAAACACUAUAAGGAAAUGGCCCAAGCCGUUUAUUACAGGAAAAUGAUGGAGGCAUGUGCAGGGAAGGAAGAAUUUCCCAAAAUCAAAACAUUUAACAGCAACGUGAACAGCACAAAUAGUGUGUACAGAGACCUAGAAGAAGCAGAGAAAUGUUACUGGGAAAAUACCCAGUUUAAAAAAGUAGAUAUCAGUGAGUUGACAUGGGAACAAAAAGAGCGUGUCCUGAGAUUACUUUUUGCCAAAAUGAAUGACACAAAUCUACGGAAAUACAGGAGAGAUUUGGCUACUCCAACUCCAGCUCCUGCUGAUGCUAAAGAAGAAAAUAUAGCUAGGUAAGACACUAAAUAUUACUACACUAUUUAACAUCUCCAUUGUCCUGAUAAUGUAAUUCUCUCUGUCAUCCCGCCUCCUUUCGAAAUAAUUUAGUUUAUCUGAAGAUCUAUAUUGGUGUAUAUAGAUGUAUACAAAGAAAUGUAUGUGUGACAAGUGAGGAAUUUGUUACCUACUUUUAUAUUUCUGGUCACGGUGAUCUUUUAGUAGGGGGUCGACUCAGCUUUUCAUGACACACACACAAAAAUUAAAUUCUCAUGCCAUCUUAAAGCUUCUUCUUAUAAAAAAAACAGCUUUAGUAUUUUUAGAGAAAAAAAGUGAAAGGCUGUGGUUGUACAGAGAGCCAUAUUUUCAUCUAGAACACAGAUUUUUGAUUAAAUGACAAAAUAUAUUAAGCUGAUUUUGUAUUCAGUAUAGGAUCACUUAGAGGUAAUAGGCGUGUGUGAAGUACUGUAUGGGAACUGCUGAGUCAUGGCCUGAACCACUGAUUGAGCACCUGGGGAAAGGACCCGGU